CCGCUCCUGGGCGCCGGGAGAGCCGGGAGGCGGCGGGCUACUUCCUUCCCGGCGCGGCGUAUGCAGUCCCGGCAGAGCGCGGGCAGCGGCGAAUUCCCAUGAUGCUUCGGUCAAAAGACACGAAAGAGGAAGCAGCCAUGAGAUUGUUGGUCUUCACUUGAUGAUGCAAGGCAGAAUGGCUGCUGUAGAAGCUGCAGACAUCCUUCAGAAUCCCAGGGCCAAGUCUCUCUUGGCCAAAGAUAGAAAAGAGUCCCAAGAGGAAAAUGGGGCAGCUAGCCACCUCUCCAAACCCCGUGAUGCUUCCUUCGCUGGGGCAGAGCCGAAUUUGCAACAGGCACCAGCCAGCAAGCUGAAGAAGACAGCCUUUAAAUUCUUUGGGGGAAAGAGAAGCAUUUGCACCCUACCAAGCUUUUUUGGGGGGAAGAAUAAAAGCCAAGCCAAGGGAGCCUCCAAAAAGGGUCUCAGCAAGAGCAAGACUCAUGAUGGCAUCAGUGAUGUGGCGCAUGAAGAGGCCACUUCUGGAUGCCUCAGGAGUUCCUCAGACGGAGGGCCAGACUUUCCUCCUGCCCAGCUGCUGCCAAGUUCUCAGAGCUCUCUUUUGGGAACUGAGCUCAGAGUUGGCUUCACCCAGAGCUCAAACUUUCUGUCCAGCAACUCUGAAGGCUUUGAAAAGAAGCUGACCGGAGAGAAGUCCUUGUUCCUCCCCAGAUCCAAAAAGGGGCUGAAGGGGCUUUUCAACAGCAUUCGCCGUCAUCGGAAGAACAAAGUUGCUGAACCUGAGAAGACAGAGCUGCAAGAAUGGGCUCUCAGGGACACCGGGACCAAAGAACAGACACAUGGAAGUGGACUGGGUAGGAGUCUGCAAAGUGGAACUGUGACGCCAGAAUGUGUGGAGAAUUUCUCUGCCGAUGCUGUGCCUCAAAUUGCCAACCAUAAUGAGACAGGAGAGAUGGACUGCUUGGCCUCAUGCCCAGUGAGGUCCAUUGGUGAGGCAGCUAGAGGACCUGCGUCUCUUGAAGGAUUUCGAGAUGGACAGCCAAACCUGGAAGAUGUCUGUGCUGACUCUGCCUAUGGUGACCUCCCUGAUGCUUUUGAACCAGAGUUCCUGGAGAAGAACCCUCCUUGCCUACCAUCCAGGGAACAACUUAGCCUGAUGUUUGGGGAGGUGACGUCCCUUAAAAGCUUUGACUCUUUCACCGGUUGUGGAGAUAUCAUUGCAGAACCGGAUAUUGAUAGCAUCACAGAGAGCUCGACUUCUGUGGAACGCAGCCGGGAUGCUACCAAGAGGACCUCUUGUUUGGUUACUUACCAAGGUGGAGGGGAGGAAAUGGCCCUGCCGGAGGAUUUAGAAGAGUACCUCCAGCAGAUGUGGGCAGGAGCCAUCAAAGGAGAUGUAGCCUCUGAAGCACAUCUGCCGGAGCUCAUAACCAAAUGUGACCUUCAGGGUAUGGAUGGUGGCAAGCAGGAAGUUAAUCUAUACACUGAAGGAACAAGGAAUGAUAUAGACCUUCUGACACCACAUAGUGAUCAACAAGAAUCUGCUCCCAAUAGUGAUGAGGGCUACUACGAUUCUACCACCCCAGGUCCUGAAGAUGAAGCUAUUGAUGGUUUAGAUGAAAUCAAAAAGGACCGCCUUCCGAGGGACAGCUACAGUGGGGAUGCUCUUUAUGAGUUCUAUGAACCAGAUGAUGCAUUGAUGAGCCCAUCUCAUGGAGAUGGAUCCUGGUUUGAUGGGAAACUGUCUCCUUCAAAGAUAUUUGACCAGUUUUUGGACUUUGCUCUCCUUGAUGAGAAGGACUUGAUCUGGCUGAUGGAUCAGAAAAGUGAAGUGAUGGAAACAGAAGAGCAGAGGCUGGCAACUCUCCAGAAACAGCUGCUUUUUGGGGAGAUGCAAAGAGAGCCAGCCCUGAAACACCUCCAGGAGCUUAGAAGAGACCAACAUCUGAGACCAGGGCAGUUGUCUGAAUGUAAAAUGCAAACAACCCACUUAGUUGGGAAGAGCUCGAGUUGCCUUGGUUGUGAGCAAAUGAAUUUUUGUGCUUUGAACAAAAGUCUAAGUGGUGGAAAGAAGCUAGCAGAAAACCAAGACUGGGAAGAUGAUCUCCACAAGCAGCUCUAUCCAGAAAAGCUUUGUGAUAGCAACAGCACCACUAAAGCACACAAUAGUUGCCUUCUUCAGCCAUUAGAGAAUGGUUCAGAGUUGGGCUCCAGCGAUGAACAUCCGGUGCUUGAUUCCCGUGCUUUGGCUUCAGGAAACUCUGUGACCUUCCCUCUCUACAGAGUGCAUGGCCACCACGGCUGCUCUCCAAAAGCUAACUUUCAGGAGCCCUGCCAGGAACGCAACGAAGAACCAGAACAAGCUGUCAACUUCUCACAAGCCUUGGUGGAAUUCACCAGCAAUGGGACUCUUUUCUCCAGCCUGUCUGAAAGUCUUAGAAGCUCCGAUUCAGGCUCUGAAUUUACUCAGAACCUUCCUGACCUGCCCACAAUGGUGACUUUUGAUAUUGUCGAUGUGGAACAAGAAGGGGAAGGGGAAUGCGAGGAGCAUCUGCAGAUGAACACGGAUGAGGAUAUGACCGCAUCCUUUGAGGCUUUCAGGGACACUUAUGACUCCAAAGCACCCUUUGCUGAAUGUGAUGAGCGAAUGUUUUCUGAGUAUCCUCAGAUCUCUUUCCACUGGGGAGCUGCCAGCCUUCCUCGGCGUCUUCGGCUUCAGGAACUGAAUGCACCUCUGCUGGAGCCUCUGUCCAUCUGCAGGAGAAGCCGAUCCCUUGAUAAUGAAAGUCUGGAGUUUGAGCUGGCAAGCUUGCAGCUAUUCAAGAAAAGUUUUAGGCCAUUUGAGCUCUGUAGUGGUUCCAAAAAGGAUCCUGGUCCUCUUGGGUUGGACAAUGGCCAGGAAGGUGUGCCACAUUCUCCAGGAGAAAGAGAAGAAGCUAUUGGUGGCCUCUCAUGGCCAGGACGGUUGAAUGUACCACAUGGCAAGGCGGAAAUUUCCUUGCAAGAAACAAAAACAGGAGAGACUAGUUGGCAUACACUCCCCUCUCAAAGUCCUUGGGGAAUAUUGGAGCACUCUGACAAGGCUCCACCUUUGGCUCACCUGGGUCAGAAUUCCACCAAGGAACCAGCUGGACACCUUCAUGCAGAUGGAAGCAACCAUCCAGUCCUUCCAGCAUUGAGACCACUGACCAGGCCCUCCACUCUGUUUCUGCAAGCGCCUGUGAUGUCACCAGAGGGCUCUACUCCUCAGAGGCCUGGUGGGGACAGUCUGUCUAAAAAACAUGCUUGGGUCCUCCCUUUGGGAAAGAAAGAGCUAGACUUGCCUUUGAGCUUUAAUUUCCCUUGCUCCUCUGACAAGCCGUCAAUGUAUAAGCCUAGGGAUGUGGCUCAGGGAACAUCUCAGCUUCACACCGAGCAGUGCUGAGAACCACCCAUAGGGGCUGAACAUUGGGAAAACUCUAGACCCAGAACAUUUGGGAAGCACUUCCUGCCAGCUAGUUAGUCUAUGAACUUAGCUAGCCAAAUAGCUUUUGUGAAUAGGGCUCCAGCUGAAUUGGAGUGAGCUUUUCUUCCGGUAGGCUGUGAGAAUACAGAAAAUACUGCAAAUACUGUUGACUUUGGUUUGAAGCUAGGAGAACUGGGUGAAAUGUUGAUGUUUCUCCUUAAACAGACAUGCUUGUAGGUAGAGGGAACAUCUGUUGAUCUACAAAAUGAUAUGGAGAGAACAGGGACACUCAGAAGUUGAGAUGGGAAUAAAGUCCUGGAUUAUUUCCAAUUGCACCAUCAUGGGAAGAGAAGCAGAAAUAAUUUCCAAAAGUCAACGAGCUGGCCAAAGUUAGAAGGUAUAUUUAGAAGGAGCAAAAAGCUCAAGGACCUGCCAAAAUGAGAGGUUUGCUUAUGGUGAAACUUGUUAACUCCUAGUUUUUGAGGGCACAUGUGCUGGGAAGGCAACCUGCUAAGCUGCUUUUAUUCCAAAAGGUGCCUGUAGAAGAGAGGGCAAAUAGAGAAGUACUGGCAUGGUUACCUUUUAUGUCUCAGAACCUCCUCCAGAGGGGAUGGGGCCAAUUUUCUCCUCCUUUUUUUUAGUUGGGAGGGAAGUUGAGGGAUAGAAUUAGUGCCUUAAGCUUACCACCCAUUUUAUAUCCUCCCAACGGGUCUUGACCUGGGCCAUGGUUGGAAUGUGGCCUUUGACAAAUGGCACAAGGUCUUGGAUAGCCUUCAGUCAACAGAAGUCUGGCACUUGUGAUAUAUAGGAUUGUGGCUGUGCAGCAUAUCUUAAGUGUGUUUACUUGUUUCAGCAGCAUUUCCCAACCUUAGCAAAUUGAAGGUGAGUGGAUUUCAAUUCCCAGAAUUCUCAGCAAUGGCUAUGCUGGCUAUGGAAUUGUGGGAGUUGAAGUCCAUAUACCUAGAAAUGGCCCAGGUUUGGAAGCCCUGAAUUAGGGGGGCGUGCUGCUCAAUUCAGUUGGGCUUUCUAUAGUUUUAAAGCGGGGGGGGGGGGGGAGAAAACUAUCCCAACUUGUUGCUUGUCAAUGAGGAGAUUCGUUUGCAGUAGAUGGGCUGGGUAAAAUAGCAAGGAGUUGGCUGUCAGUUAAAUUAGGGUAAGAUGUGAUUAGAGGGGAGAUGGCCAAAAAAAGCUCUGAAAUAGGUAAUCUAGAAGGAUCUUACUUGGGGGUAUAUUACUUUUAAGAAGCCAUGCAUACAAUUAAAAAG